UUUAUUAUUCAGGUGAAAACAUGUUCGUUCCCUUCGCGACCUCAUUAACUUGCUGAAACACAAGCAAUCAAAAUAAAAAAGAACUGCGGAUGCUGGAAGAUAUGAAACAAACAAAAACAGAAAUUGCUAGGGAAACUCAGCAAGCCUGACAGCAUUUAUGAAAAGGGAAAACAGAACGAACGUUUCGAGCUUGAUGACCGUUCUUCAAAACUGGCGACAUAAACUGCCCAGAGUUUAUACCCGCCCGUUGCCAAGCUCUCAUUGGAAAAUGUCCACGUCAAUCAGAUAAUUAGACUAAGGCGGCCAUAUUUCGAGACGAAAAGGAGGGAGACAAAACCAAGAUACAUACAUAUUAGCUCUGAACCGACCAGAAUGUCUUACCGGUUAAUGGUGUACGACUUUUGGGGGUUCUGUAGAACAGUUAAGAUUUGAACGGUGUCACGUGGCCGUUUCCUGGGUGAUCCCAGUGAAGGUUCGGUGGUGAAACCGUGUCUCGCGAGCACGGGUUCUGUUGCCUUGGUGACCCUUAGACCCUCGCCCUCUGGAUUUACCUGCGGAGCGCAGGUUGGGCUUUGUUGUUCUCGCUGGCCGUAGGUCCGCGAUGGGUCACGGACUGAAAUGCGGUGUUGCCUUCUCCUUCUUCGCUGUUUUUGCGGCAUACUGGUACCGGCAGCAAGUGGGCAACGAGCUGGACUCGCGUUUAGAGACUGUGUUGACUUCGUUGUUGAAAGCCGAGAGGAAAGUGGAUCUGAACCGGCGGCCCCGAGUGGCAGUAGGUUUUGGUGGCUGUCUUGACAUUGUGGCAGAUGGGAUUACACUGUUAAAGAAAGCUGGCAUCAAACCAAGCAAGAAUGCUGUCCACCAUAAUUUCAUCACAUCAGAAGAGCAGUUGGCUGAAAGCUUUGCAUACUUCUUUCCUCCUGGAGCUGCAUCUGAACGCUUUAUUUCCAAUGAUACACUGUUUCGUAAGUUGGUGAAAGCUACCCAGGGUCUCCCUCAAGUACGAUGGUCAUUAGGUGGAAAUGCACCAGUCAUGGCGAAUCGCCUUGCCAAGGAAGGAUGUGAAGUACUCAUUGGGAGUCGUCUUACGCCUGACCUUAUUGAUGUCCUUCAGGAGCACGUGACUGUUACAAGCAAACCUGUAGAUGAAACUGACAUUCACCUAAUUCUAGAGUAUUCCUCUGGUGCCAAAUGGGGGAAGCUAGUGUCUCGAAGAGCAAACAGGUUCAUAGUCCAUCAUGACACUUCCAAUCCCAUUUUGGAGUCACUUGAAGACUUUCAGGCUCAACUCCAGCAGUUUAAACCAUCUCUACUGAUAAUUAGUGGGCUUCAAAUGAUGGAUAAUUUUCCCUUUCGACCAGGUCAACUUGAUGAGCGGUUAAGAUUGCUCCAGGAUCUCAUGUUAUCAAUUGAUAGCACCACUGGAAUCCAUUUUGAAAUGGCUUCUUUUGUGGACGGCAGUGUUCUGAGCAAACUUCUAUCCCAUGUCGUCACUCAUGUAGACUCGUUAGGAAUGAAUGAACAAGAGUUACCCAAUCUUCUUAGCAUGUUAAAGGGAUCCAAUAUCACUGUCUUGUCUGACCCUUACCCAAGAGUAGCAAAUGUACUUGAUCAAAUGCGGGAUGUGUAUCGUAUCCUAAAUUCUCAGGAAAUAAAAAGCACACACCACAGACUGACACGUCUGCAUGUUCAUACUCUUGCUUUCCAGGCAAUCAUUAUUGCUAAAGGGUCCUUUUGGAGAAACACCAUGUCAGCAGCUGCCAAAGCUUCACUAACUGCAAAUCGCCAUGUUUGUGGCUCACCAAAUAUUGACACCAGCAAAGCCAAGUUGAUUAUGGAUGAUUCUUUUUCUAUAAGCCGUGAACAAGGGAGUAAGAAAAUUCUGCUUGAAGAAGAUCGCCCUGUUUCUUGCUGGGAGGAGUACAACUAUGAAAUUUGUGUUGCUCCAGUGCUAGUAUGUACUGAGGUCUAUCAGACUGUGGGUGGUGGUGAUAAUGUUUCUGCAGCCAGCUUGGUUCUGCAGAUCUAAUAACCUUUCUCGCUCUGAAGCAGAGGAGAAGGUUGGAACCAGCAUAUGUUUCAAUCCUUGCUUAUUACCUUGAGGGAGCUUCAUACGUUUUCAUGCUUGCACCUUCCUUCCCACCCUUCACACCCUCCAAAAAUAAAAUUUUAUAAUCGACUGUGUAUACUUUGGCCUCUUGUAAUCAACAUGGAGGUUCUUGGGUAUUGUUUAACUAUUCAUUUUUCACAAUGUUUGUAUAAAUUAUUCCAUGGUCCUCAAUUUUAUAAGGUGGAAUUUUGGUUUAUACUUUUUUGUCCGUUUUGUUUCUGACAGCUGUGACAAUAUUGAAAACAUAGUAUUUUAUUUAGUUACAGCUCCCCAUUUUCUUAGGAAUACUCUGAACUUGAGCCAGACAUUGCACUAUUAUAUAAAGCUUGGUGCAUUCCAUCUUCACUUUUCAGUCAGUAUUUUACAUCCUCGUGGCUGCCAAAGUGGCCUGUUGAAACUGAGCUAAGUCUGUGACUAUUCUCAGGUGCAAUUCAGUCCUGUGUUGCUUUUUCUUCCUAAUAGGAUGUUAUAUAGUCUCUGUAUAUCUUGCUUUUUUUUUUCUUAUUUCUGGUCAUUCCUAAUUCAUUUCCAGGAGCACAGGCAGCUGUUAAGGACACCACAAAUGCCCUAGUGAGUUUAGAUAGGUUGUUUCUUUGGUCGUGGACAGGGAAGAUAGAGAAGCCAGUCAUGAUGUGUUUGCUCUCACCAUACUUGUAACAUUUAUCUCCAAUCAGCCUGAUUGGAGUGUGGGAACAUUUACCCACAAUUGAAUAUGGGAACAUUUGACUGUUCUGCCCUUCUCUCCCUAUUGAACAUCGGAGCCUAUCCUAGCGUUUCCUCCCUCGCUCAGAUCUGUUAAUACGGGUAGGCAUUUUCUAGUCUGUGGUUUGAUAUCUUUUCUGUGGUAUAUUUGGCCUCUCCUUCCUCUCUGAACUACAUACCUUCUCUUUUGAGAAGGUUAGAGUUAAAAUAACUGGACAAGUCUGAAACAAACUGGGAGCUCUCUAAUAGGGAAUCUACUCAGCUCUCAAACUGCUGAACAUUGUCACUUCAAUGUAAACUUUCAAUAAUUUCAGCAGAAAACAGAAUUUUGCUGACUAUUUGUAUAUUCAAAAAGCUGAAGGGGGUAUUGUCCUUCAAUUUUUAGCAAGAAGUAUAAAACUGUAUUCCUUGUUUUACACUUAGUUUUCUUUUUCAUAAUGUGAGGAAAAUGUAAAUUACCAUGAUAAUGUGAAUGGAUCUGGGAAAAUAUGAAAAUAAAACUGCUUUAGUAGGUUAACCAUGUGAUGGGUCAAAAUAAUAACACGGAUAAAAGUGUAAUUUUAUUUUAAAUUGCAUUAGUGUUAAAAUUUUUCCUUUUUGGAGGCUGGGGAUCCAAAUCAAGCAGACACUCACUUAUAACCAGAGUUCUGCUAGUUAGGUGUCAAAUCAGGAAGCACUUUAUUCAUUACACUAUAAUGAAAAUCUAUCACUUCCUUCCCUUCCAACAAGACUGUCGUUGCCAUGUCAAUUGAAAAUUUCUAGACAGCAUUUGAUGGGUUUUUAUUAAAUGAGACUUAAUAGGAGUAUGGAGGAAUCAAGUAAAUGUUGAGGUCCAGAUCAAACUGAACAGUGAUCAGGUUUGAGCGACUUGUAAAACCUGUGCCUAUGUUUUCUCUGGAUGUUAUUUAAUCACGCAACAAAGAGAUCAUUGCUAACUGAAAUUUGGAGGUUAACUGAAAAACUUUUGAGAAAUUCAUUGGAAAUGGUGCACAGCCAGUGCACCAACAAUAUUGUUUUUGGAAGGCUGGAAGCUUAACAUUCUGUUGUAAUGAGGUGAGUAGCAGUGAACUUACUAGAGUUUUGCUAAAUCUGAGUGCCUUUGGAUAUUUAAUGUUGAAAAGGUGCUACUUAAAUAAGAAUUAUAUAAAAUUGCUUUACCUACUGAGAAAUGCUUUUUGUGUCAAGCAUGAAAGAAAAUCUUGACCUCUUUCCACUUUUUUUCCCCCAUCCUACUCUGAAACACAGGCUAUUUUAUUAAAUAGUGACCUUUUUGACUGAUUUCCGCCUCAUUGUUUUUAAGUGAGUCUUUGCCAAAAGGGGUACAUUUUUAAUAGAUGCCAAUUAUUGAAAACAAAUUUGAUACUGCUGUUUAAUAUGAUAAAUGGUAUAGUGUUUUUGCACUGAUCAUUCUUUUAAUCAGCAUUUGUUCAUUAGUCCGUGUAACUUAAAAGGUCUUUAAAACAAAUGAUGUAACUAUACAUUUUGAUUUUUAAAAAAAGCUUUCGAUUUAAAAAGUUUAUUUGCUAAGUAUAUAUUUUACUUUCAUUGAAAGAUCAUACCUGAGCCAUUCUUGUGAAUAUGAAGCUAUAUUCUCUUGCAUUUAGUUGAUAACCAACUUUAAUCCAAGUUUUGAAAUUUAACUGUAAAUUAUCUAUUGCUAGGCCAUCCUGUUAUUAGGUUAUUCUUUCAUAAUCUUUGUAGUAAUGUUGAGUGAGCAAUUCUGAUAGCUAUAUAUUUUAAAAACAAAUGCAUUCAAAAAUAACUAGUGAGGUUCUCCACGUGAUAUGAUAUGUCCACUGUAUGAAGAGCUCAAAUUUUAAAUGACACUCUAAAUGACCAAAGUGGAAGACUGGUUUGUUUUGAAUACCUUUUGAUGUUUUUGACCAAUCUAGAAAUAUGACUUUGUCAACAACAUGCAAUAAAUAUUUUAGAUUUGUCCAAUAACUUGUUGCCCAGUGUACACAAAAUUAAUAACUGCCUAUGUUACAUUCCAUAACUUAAAUUGAUACACCAACACUGGGAUCCUGGCUCCUGAAAUUGCUGUUAGUUGUGUGAUGUGCAAUGUUCUUAUUUGAAUAAAUCCAGAUUCUUAAGAUGGGAUCUCAACAUUGUUUGAAUCCUUGUAGUAGCCACGAGCUUGCUUUUAUAUAGUCACAGAUUUUAUACAGGGUAUGACUUUUUAAAAAAAAUACUGCUGCACCAUUCCAAAUAGCCUCAGGGAUGGGUAGAUGAUAUGUACAUUAUUGUUGAUCAUGCCCUUCUGGUGGGAAUGUGAAGAAAUGUAUUUAACUUGCUUGAAACAAUGACUUUGCUUUUUGUGGCAUGACAAAAUUUAAUUAAAUUUCUCAAACUUUCAA